UACCGGACAUUCGGUGUUCCUUCGUGAAGUGUUGGUGCCAGCGUCCAGCCACAACCUCAGCUGUGGCAGGCGAAGACGAGAAUUUAUAACACCCCGUGUACGGAACAGAAGAGGCGGACAAGACCGUGGCCGGUUGUUGUUAUCGCCAUAUCACACGGCAACACAGUGAUGCGAUGUGAGGAACCCUGCGAGGCUUGGACAGCCUAAACCGGUCAAACCGACGGUGGAUUUACCAGCCGCAAGGACUUGACUGACCUCAGAUUUAAAAAAAAGAAAAAAGCAACAACCCUGCGAUGUUUUUGCAUUUCCCAGUGUCCUGAUAACUGCAGCUUUCAACCCAAAGCAACAGCACUUCAUUGAGCUACCACUGGGAGUCAUAAAAAUAUAGGCUUCAGACUCCAGCUCGGCGAGCAGGUAAUGUUUUCAGCUCACCUUUAAUGAAACAUUGACGCUAUGCUACAUCUCAGAUAAUGUCUUUUAUUUGUAAAGUUCAUUCUUGUAAGGCUUUGAUGGACGUUUAGCUGUCAAUGUUAAUGUCUUCUUUUGGAAAACACUCAUGGCCAUCCGAGGGAUGUGGAGGGAGAAAUGCAUCAAAAAAACAUCAGAGAAGGAUUUUGAUGGUGUUUCCAUUUCACAUCCAAAAUAUGGCACAGCGCUUAUCAUUCUGUUGCAAUCAAGAAACUCAUGGGGCAUGUUGAAAGCAUGGGUGAUUGCCCUGCAAACCCCAAAAGGAUAAACACAGGACAAGUAGGGGAGAGAGGAUCGCUCUCUGCGUAACUCGUAUAAAUCAAUGUGACACGUUAUCAGUCUGAGGGGUCCAAAAUGUAUUUCUUUUGGGGAUGAUGAAUGUAGCCUGGGACAAAAUGAAAAGCUUUCUGCAGCAAUUUCUGUUCAACAGAAUCAAGAUGUGUGCCUAUAACACAAUGUAAAGCCAGGUGCCUGGAAUUUCCUAAUUUGCAAAAGGAAUCUCUUUAUUUUUUAUUAUGUCAGGUAAAGUGAGACGAGGCUCUGGAUUUACGGCUAACACACUGAUAGUGAAUUCAUUUCUGACCUUUAUAGUCAGCGUAUUAUAGGCCUAUAUCAAGAUUACAACAAAGACUCGUAUCCAAGACCUCGCAUCCUCUCUUUUAUGGCAUUCAAGGCUGUCUACUAACAUGUCGUUCAGUCGCAGUUUAACCAUGAUGAAAACUGCUUCUGUAGGAUAUCAGUGUCAACCUGUUUCCAGAGUGCUCCUUGACCUUAAUGUGUCCUAGCGUCAGUAUAUCCAACCAUUAUCAUCUGCCAGCUGUUAGAGAAAGCUGAUUGUAGCCCGGCCCAUCGCAACACACACACACACAGAGAGCCAACACAAGCUAGCAGGCGCUGGAAACGGAUUUUCUCUCAAACCUGUGUCAUGAUAUCACACCGUGGAGACACCUAAAUGCUGUACUAGUGACCGUUAUCAGACAGAAUGUCUUCCAGGGAGCGUCGGUCCGACGUCUACAUAAAGGCAGAACCGAGCAGUCCAGAGGGAGGUGGGGGAGGCCGGAUCAGCCCCGGCGGGGCCUCCUCAGACUCCUCUCACAGUGGAGGCGGAGGAACCAGAGGAGACGGCGUUAAGCGGUACUCCCCGCCGCUCUACACGCCGGCACUGCGUUGCCACUUCAAAGACGAGGGCGGCGAUGGAGCGGAGGAGGGCUCCACCGGAAAUGGAGCAGGGCGAUGCAAGUACGCCCUGAGCACGUUGCCGAAGAGGCUGUGUUUAGUAUGCGGGGACGUGGCCUCUGGGUACCACUACGGCGUGGCGUCAUGCGAGGCCUGCAAAGCGUUCUUCAAGAGAACCAUCCAAGGUGUGUGUCGUGGUAACAUUGAGUACAGCUGUCCGGCAUCGAAUGAGUGUGAGAUAACCAAGAGGCGCAGAAAGGCUUGUCAAGCAUGCCGCUUCACCAAGUGCCUCAAAGUAGGCAUGCUGAAAGAGGGCGUUCGUCUUGACAGGGUCAGAGGUGGAAGGCAGAAGUACAAAAGACGCCCAGAAGUGGAGAAUGCAACAUACCAGAGUGCCCCUCUACCACUGACAAAGGAGAGUGAAAAAGGUUCCUCCAACAUCAUUGUGUCCCACCUUCUGGUGGCAGAGCCAGAAAAGCUAUUUGCCAUGCCGGACCCUCUGCAGCCAGACACAGCCCAGCGCACGCUCACCACCCUCUGUGACCUCGCUGACCGGGAGCUGGUUGUCAUCAUUGGCUGGGCCAAACACAUUCCCGGCUUCCUGUCGCUGUCCCUCGCAGACCAGAUGUCCGUGCUGCAGUCCGUGUGGCUGGAGGUGCUGGUGCUGGGUGUGGCGUACCGCUCGCUCGGCUGCGAGGACGAGGUGGUGUUCGCAGAGGAUUUUGUCCUUGAUGAGGAGAUGUCACGUGUCGCUGGACUGACGGAGCUAAACGCCGCUAUCAGUCAACUUGCUCGCCGCUUCCGGGCACUAAACGUGGACCGAGAGGAAUUUGUCAUGCUUAAAGCCAUCGCACUCACUAACUCAGACUCUGUUUACAUCGAGGACACGGAGGCUGUGCAGAAGCUGCGGGACCUCCUCCACCAGGCCCUGCUUGAGCUGGAAUGUCAGCGGCGCCCGGACGAGUCCCAGCGGGCAGGACGCCUCCUUUUAACAUUGCCUCUCCUCCGACAGACUGCUGGUCGUGCUCUUACCACCUUCUACAGCAUCAAGACCCGCGGUGGCGUACCCAUGCACAAACUAUUCCUGGAGAUGCUGGAAGCCAUGAUGGACUCUCCCUAGAGCGGAAAGCCAGCAGUAAACAGGAGUCAGAGAAAGACCCAAUGAAGAUCUAGUCUUCAAGACUGGAUGACUGGUUUGUGAGAAAUGAACGAUUUUAUUAGAGAAUUCAUAGUGGGGGAAAUGGUCCUUUUUUUUUUCCCCUUUUUGCAUAGGCUAUACAUGAAGAAAGGAAAAUAAUAUGAGAAAAUAAAAAAGCUCAUGCAUUCAUGUCCCAAAGUGGGCAUUGGUUAUUUGCAGAAAGACUUCCGUAAAAGGCUCCAAGAGCGGCGACAUUUAACACGAACGCCAGAAUACUUCUCGGUUUCAAACAUUUUCAUGGUGAGUUCCAUCACAGCAUUGAUGUGCAGUUGCAUAACCACUGAAGAACACCAUUUAGGUACCCAAGAACAGACUGACGUGUGGCUUUUGAACUUUUAAAACAUACGUACCCGGGGGGGGGGAAAGACAGAUUAACACGCACAUGGAGUGCUUGUAUUUACUAUAGAUUAGUGUGCCGUUGUCGGCAAAUUCAUAGGAAUUACUUGCAAUAUGUUAAAAGCAAUAUAACGACUCGAUUGUUGUCUGUCACAUUUGAAAUGUGGAUAAAAGGGUGAGACAUCUAGUUAUGUGUGUGUGAGUGUGUGUGUAUAUCUGUAGUUCUCCACUCUCAGGACCCCAAGUGCUGAUUACUGAAACUCCCGCUGGUAGCAGAGGGAGUGGUUUGGGUCUGGGAUGCCAGGUGAGUAGAUCUAAAACACUGGCAAGAGAAAAAAAAAAGAAGAAGGAAAAAAAACAAAACACCAGCACUUUUGGGGUUAAACAUCGGAGUUGAGAACCACUGAUGUACGUAGUUGGUGCAGGAUUCUUUAUACGCGGUGGUGCAGUUGAUUUGUAGUCCAGGAGAAAUGCAUAUGAAGACUGUGUAGAGUGCUCUACUUGGAAGGUAAUAUAUUCAGUGUUAGACGGAAGUCCUGUUGGCACACAAACAACUGGUUUCCAUGCAAGCAAGCAAGCGUGUGCGUCCGUGUGCAGCCGAAACCAAUGAGCCACACUGAGAUCAGGGAAGAACGCAACUCUUUGACAAUAAAGCGCGAGCAACAGUAGUGGUCCGAAAAUAAAUGCAUAUGCCUCAUCUGCUUUUUUUUUUUUUUUUUUAUACAGUCCUCCACCACUAGAUAUAACCACUGUUUUUGACUUCAGCAGCUGUGCUGUUCAAAAACAAUCGUCAGACCUAUUUGAUUCGUGGGCUACAACACUAAUCCAUACGAUUGAUAGGCCACUGGUGAGAUUUCGCUGCAUUUUCCGCAGUCGUGAGGAGCGUUGCAUAAAAGAUCUCAAUCGUUUCAAUGAGAGAUCCCUCCUUUGUAUAUGUGCAUCUGUUGAAAUGAAACUUGCAAGUGUCCGUUAUGGGCUCAGGACAACAAGAAAUGCAAAAUAUGCAACAUCUUCCAUUUUUGGAUGUUGAAAACCUUGUCUGAAAACAUGCUGAAAGUCCCGCAGGUUUAAAAAACGUACAAUAGAAAUGAUCAUUAUAGUAAGCUUCACAUGCAAUGCAAGGCUGCGGUAUCUGAUGUCAAAGUCAGAUCGAAUAUUUAGCAGCCAAAGGGCCGUUAAUCAUUCAGCCAUGUACAGCUCCAUUCAAAUAAACAGAAACAUGCAAUUUAUAGUGGACGACGAUGAAGCCAGCAAAUGUGAUACAAAUUCCCCAUUACAAUUAUAUCUGUGCAGCUUACAGUGCUCUGGAAUUUAAAGACUUGAAACUUGCUUUUUCAUAUAUUUUCCUUUCUAGGAUUCAAGGGUAUUUUAUUUACAUUGUGAUACUGUUGUGGGUUUGGUAUUGAAAUUAAGCUUUCCAUUCAGGAUAAUAUAAAUACAUUUUUUUUUUUUUUUUUUUAUGUAAGCAGUUGUGUUUUUUCUGAAUCUGAUUGUCAUUUUAGGGAUCAAUUUUACCUGGCUCUAUAGAUCUAGCGGCUUGGUGAGGCUACAGAGGGCUACCUCAGGAGGCAGAGCACGCCGGGCGGCCAAAUAACUGUGGAGACAAAUGUAAUUCUUGAUCUUUCGAUUUGUCAACUUCAAUUUGAGCAUUGGGUUCAUUGAACGUCUUUGCAGUUGUUAAAAAAAACACCCGAGAUCAUUUAUUUCUUUGUUUUCAUACGGUAUAUGGCUCAUUAUUCAUGCUUUACAGCUUACAUGUUCCUGUUUUCGAAGUAGAGCUGUUAACGUUUCUUCAUAUUGACUCGGCCAUUUACACAACGGAAGCUUUUUCAUCAGCGUGCAAAUAUGUUUUAGGUACGGUGGGUUUCGGAGAGAAGGCAGGGUCAUCUGCAGUGUCACUGUUAAAAUGAUACGGUCAUUUGUAGUUUUAAUAAAUAUGUGCGCAUUAAUAUAAAUGAGCAAUACGAUAAAUUACCAAACCUCACACAUUUCCUUGUAUAGCCACAGUGUACAUGUAACAAUGCCAGUUAUAAUGCAGAAUAGCUACUAAACGUUAUAUUAUUUAGAAGUUCAAAUCAAUGUUUGUAUUUUGAAAGACUAUUUAAAUGAUUAAAUUCUAUUUUUUACUCAAUUUACUGUUGUUUGUUGACACUGCUUUGUUUUUGCGUGUGAUAUUGGCUGUGAAUUUAUGUGUGUAGAUUUUCUUUUUCUUUUUUUUUUCCUUUAGAUAAAACAGUUUGAUGUCCUUGUCUAAACAUGUCCACAUAACAAUCACUGUGAAAAAAGUGAGAUCAUCCACUGUCUGACGCAACGGGGAGUGGAUUAUUGUAGGUGCUUUGUGUUGUGUAAUAAAAGGACACACCACCACCACA